GUUGACAAACUUUGAGAAGGGGGAAAGUGAAAAAUAUCUGCUAAUCAAAGCCAUAGUCCCCUUAUUAAAAAUAAAGAGUCUUCAAGGAUAAAGAGAGACGUGCCGGCGAAGACCCCAAACUGCGCCUGUUAUUGGCAGUUGUUUCCCUGUUCCUCUUCCUCUCCCUCUUCCUCUCCAGACAAUUUUCUUCAAUUGAAGCAAAUUUAAUCCUUUUUGUUCUUCCUUGUUUCUUUUCUUCACAACCACCCUUCGAUCCUCAUGGAGAGAUCCAUCAUGCAUCGAUAACAUAUUUCCUUCUUCCUAUUUGUGCAUCAAUGGCAGUUAUUGAUGCCGGGAAGAAGAGAAGCCGUUCUCUCUGCAAUUUCCUCUCCUGCUUUGGCUUAACCCCCUUGCCGGAGACUGCCAAGUCGCAUAAGUUUGUGCCGAAGAAUAAGACGAUGCCGGAGAGCGCCGUUGUUGCUGCCCCCGUUGCAGCCGCCGGCAUCCAGCCAAAGGAGAAGAAGGCCAAGCCUGUCAACAGCAGUUUCCUCCGUUGGUUCCUCAAGCGUUAUGACAAGGAAAGAAAAGGGGAAGAAGGCUCGAGGAGAAGGCGGAACCAUUACGGUUUCAGACAAGCACCCAUCGGAAGCCAAACCAAACCAAGAGUUCAGAAUUCACAAGUACACCGAGUGGCUUCCAAGUACAAGAUGCAGGCUGAACCCACACAGGUUUAUCGGAUUCGUGACAGGACCAAAGUCGGCACCCGAGUAGUCCAUCCUAGCUCGCUUGAACUACAGGCAUCCGAGUGUCAAGAGAUCUGCAAAGGUGUAAUCAAAUACGAACAUGAACCCUUGUCCAGGCUAUUGACGAUCAUUGUGAUGGUGUUGACGUUGUUGUUGGUGGUUAGUUGGAUCACUGUGAUCAUUUGUUUAUGCACUUGGCUCUACCUCUUUCCUCGGCUUCGUGCUACAAUACAAAAGGAAAAUGCCACUGGUAAUGACAAAAGAGGAAAUGAAGAGAUAGACUUGAACUCGAAGGAGUACAAGAAGAUGGUCGUGCUCAAAGGCUUGCUUGAAAGAGACCGUGCCCGAAGAUUAUCACCAAUGAAAACAGCUGGUGCACAAUGAUUAUUAAUGUGCUUAGCUAGAGGUUACAAAUGUAGCUCAGAUUGAUGCGCUCCUUGUUUUUAAAUUUUUUGAGGGUCCUUUUGAGAAUAAAAUGUUGCAAAUAAUCAUCAAUAGAAAUGUGGCAAACUCUCAUAAAUGAGGGGACCUCAACACUUUUAUC